AAACCAGACUUAUCAGCAGGAGACCAACUUACAAUCACCUGCUCGUUUGUCAAACUUUUAAAGGUGUAGUUCGUCAUUCUGGCAUACCAGGAGAAACAGCCUGGUCCGGACAAACUGCUGCUUCAGUCACAAUGUCCCUGUGCUGUCUGCUCAUUCUGGUGGCUGUCAUCCCUAUGACCUCAGGCACCAAUCCUGGAGUGAAGGUCAAGCUAACAGAAAAAGGCCUUGAAUAUGGCAGACAACUGGGCAUGGUUUCAAUCCAGCAGAAACUUAAGAGCAUCAAAGUCCCAGAUAUCUCGGGGAAGCAGAAAGUGUCUCCCAUUGGCAAAGUCCGGUACAGUUUGUCAAACAUGCAAAUAGUGAAUGUGGGAUUACCGAAGUCUGCGGUGGAUCUUGUGCCGGGGACCGGCGUCAAACUGUCUAUCGGGAACGCCUUCAUCAGUCUGCAUGGAAACUGGAGGGUCAAGUAUCUCCGGGUAAUAAAGGACAGAGGCUCAUUUGAUUUGAAUGUGAAAGGACUUACUAUCAGCACAAGUAUUGCCGUCAAGAGCGAUGAGACAGGCCGACCAGCGGUCAGCAGUGUCAACUGUGCGGCCACUGUCGGCAGCGUGAGCAUCAAGUUCCACGGUGGAGCCAGCUGGCUGUACAAUCUCUUCAAGAAAUUCGUCAAUAAGGCUCUGAGAAAUGCGCUGCAGAAACAGAUCUGCCCUCUGGUGGCUAAUGCAGUAUCUGAUUUGAACCCUCAUUUGAAGACCCUCAACGUUUUAGCCAAGGUGGACAAGUAUGCCGAGAUCGAAUAUUCCAUGGUGUCAUCGCCCACUGUUUCAAAGUCUUCAAUAGACUUGAGCUUGAAGGGUGAGUUUUACAACAUAGGGAAGCAUCGGGAGCCGCCGUUCUCCCCCGCCGCCUUUUACCUGCCGCCCCAGGUCAACAACAUGUUGUACAUCGGCAUGUCUGCCUACACUGCCAACUCUGCAGGAUUCGCCUACAACACAGCUGGAGCCCUCAGCCUCUACAUCACCGACGACAUGAUCCCGCAAAGCUCUCCCAUCCGACUCACCACCAGGACGUUUGGAGCCUUCAUCCCGCAGAUAGCCAAGCGCUUCCCAGGUUUGAUGAUGAAACUGCUGCUGAAGACGGAGAAAGCUCCCGCCGUCACCUUUGAACCCAACAAUGUGACCAUUCAGGCCAGCGCCGCAGUGACGGCCUACGCCAUCCAACCCAACGCCACACUUUCCCCUCUCUUUGUCCUAAACUUGGAGACCAGUGUCAGCGCCAAAGUGUUUGUCAGUGGCAUGAGGCUGGCUGGAGCUGUCACCCUCAACAAAAUGGAUCUGACCCUGAGGACAAGUUAUGUGGGAGAUUUUCAGGUCCGAUCCCUCGACAGCAUCCUGCAAUUGGUCCUCAAAGUGGUUGUGAUACCCAAAGUGAAUGUUCAACUUGCAAAGGGAUACCCACUUCCUGCGAUUGGAAAAAUGAAGCUUGUGAAAACUCAGCUUCAGGUUCUGAAGGACUACAUGCUGAUUGGGACAGAUGUUGAGUUCACAGGUUAAAAUGACUUCCUCAAAUCUCCCAGGAUUCCUUUGUGAAACAGGGGAUGCUAUUAUGUCUGCACAAUCACAGCAAGCACGUCUCUGUCAGGUGGUUACCCGACAGAGACAUUUUCUAAGAGACUGAGUGAUGCACGAGUGUUAAAUCUCCAACAAACCUGAGUGAGAAAUGCGGAAAUUAAUUGGAUCUCACCUGGGAUUUGUAUGAUUUCUGGCGUUUCUCCAGCUUUUCCACGAGGUUAAUGCGGUCUUGUUAUAACGAGAGACAUUCUGAAAGGCGGGGGGUUUGCUGCUGUCACCACUAUCAUCAUUUCUGAAGUGAAAAGCUCCCUCUAAAGCAGAUCACUGCACUUUCUGCUGCUGACAAAUUAUUUUCCAAAGUUUCUGUCUCUCACUGAGCGAUUGUUCAAAUGUGCUGAUCCAUAAGAUUAUUUUAAAGCCAGUUUGAAGAAUCAAAAAAAAAAUGCUUUGACAUCAAUAAAGCACUACUGCUUAUGACAAAACAAAAA